AUGUACCAGCUUUACUUAGAUAACUGCACCGAAGAUAGUCAAGUCCCUGUUGCUUUACGUAAAUAUCGAUCUAUUUUUUGUGAAGAGUUUGAUCUGAGUUUUUUCACGCCCAAAAAGGACCAGUGUCUUAUCUGUGCCAAAUAUGCUAAGGCUGAUCUAGAGCAGAGAAAAAAUCUUGAAAUAAUCUACGAAGAACAUAGAAAAAGAAACGAAAUUUGUCAGGCCGCUAAAAGAAUAGAUAAAGACAAAGCAAAUAAAGACAAAGCAAAUAAAGACAAGACAUUUAUGUCCGUAACAUUGGAUUUACAAGCAAUUUUAUAA